UUAGAUUAUUGGCUGUCAUGUAAUCAACUUUUGAGUGUUUUUACAGUAAUAAUUUGAUGAGACUUCUUGGAAAGAAACAUGUUCCAUUUGGAACUAGGGACUUUAAAGUAAUUUACUGUUUCAUCAUGAUGGGAGAAUCUAGGGUUUAAGUGCCUCUUCGUGACUUAAAAUAAUAUUUUAUGUGCUUUUCUGCCGAACAAAAACAUUAUUAUAAAUAGUAGCCGUUAAGCGCCUCUGCCUUUCAAAUUCAAACCCCACCCAUCUCUUUCUCGUUUUCUCUCUCUCAGGCUCUCAGCCCAAUAGCAACCAGAAAUGUUAAAAAUUCAAUCGCCACUCGCCGGAAAUCAGAUCCAAAGGCCCAAAUCUGGCCGGAAACCACUCCAACCUAAGAAUUUUCCAGCCAAUCCAAUCGGCAACCAUGUUAAGCCCAAGCCAAAGCCAGAGUGGAUAGAAAUCUCUCUGAUUAGCGAUUCUAACAAAGAGAAUCAUCCUCCUACCAAGAUUUCAUCGUUCGAUACGUCACUUGCGGAGGAGCUCAGCGCAAUUCGCGAGAAGUUGGAGCGGUUGAGGUUUGAUAAGGAGAAGACAGAGAAGAUGCUGAAAGAAAGGGAUUUGAUGCUGGAGAUGAAUAUGAAGGAACUGGAGAAGAGAGGGGAAAUGCAGCAGCAGCUUGAAAUCGAGGUCGAUAGAUUGUUCCGGUUGAAGGAACUCAAAACUUCAUGCAUGAGGACAUCUUCAAUUCGAUCUCUGAGAGAGAAGGACCAUGAAAGGAAGAUUAGGGACGACCGAUCACAGGACACAAGAUCCGAAUAUGGAGAUGAAUCGAAAGAUGAAAGCGUAAUGCAGAGUCCGAGUUCAGAGAUUGAAACAGUGUAAUAAUGUUGUUGUCCUCUAAUCAGAGUAUUUGUGCCUCGUGAUUCCUCCUCCUCCUUGUUCUUCUUUUCUUCUCUCUUUUAUUUUUCUACAGUUUAGGCUUUUGCUAGCGAUCCAAAAAGCCACAAAAUGAUCAGCAUAUAAUAUCUCAUUGUAUUUUUGUUAUAGAUUUUGGAAAUUUUUUGGCACUUCUC